AUUUGAAUGAAUUGGUCUAGUCCACUGUCUUUCCGGGCUCCGGAGCUGUCAAACGCUUUGGAAGAGGGGGAGGGUGAACAUGGCGUCUGAGCAGGAGAGUUCUAAUGGGCCUGUGAAGAGGUCUAUGAGGGAGAAGGCCAUGGAACGGCGGACCACCAACAAGGAGCACAACAGCAACUUUAAGGCAGGCUAUGUGCCCAUUGAGGAGGAGCGCCUGCACAAGACAGGCCUGAGAGGACGCAAGGGCAACAUGGCUGUCUGCAUCAUAGUCCUGCUCUUCUUGCUGGCACUCAUCAACCUCAUUAUCACUCUAGUGAUAUGGACAGUGAUCCGCAUCGGGCCCAGUGGUUGUGACAGUAUAGAGUUCCAUGAGAGUGGGCUGCUGCGCUUCAAGCAGAAGGCAGACAUGGGCGUGGUCCACCCACUACACAAGAGCACUGUGGGGGGCAGGAAGGACCAGGACCUGGUUAUCACCGGCAACAACAACCCGGUGGUGUUUCAGCAGGGCUCCACUAAGCUCAGUGUUGAGAAAGAGAAGACGUCUAUCACCAGUGACAUAGGCAUAUCCUUCACUGACCCCCGCACUCAGAACACCUUCUUCAGCACAGACUUUGAAAACCACGAAUUCCACCUGCCCAAAGGAGUCAAAGUACUCAGUGUGAAGAAAGCCUCCACAGAAAGGAUCACCAGCAACGCUUCCUCUGACUUGUCCAUCAAAGCGGACAGCAAGGCCAUCAUCCGCGGCAAUGAGGGGGUCUUUAUCAUGGGCAAGACGGUGGAGUUCAGGAUGGGAGGGGACAUCGAGCUCAGAGCUGAGAACAGUAUUGUUCUGAACGGGUCGGUGAUGGUGAGCGUCAGUCGCAUGCCAAACUCCUCAGUGGGGGCCAACGUGUAUUUCGACGAAGGUCUGUUGAGGUACAAGCUGUGUAUGUGUGCAGACGGCACUCUGUUCCGUGUCCAGGUGAAGUAUCAGAACAUGGGCUGCCAGACCUCAGACAACCCCUGUGGAACGGCCCACUAAAGAGACUGGAAGACAAACUGAUGAUACACCAUCCAUCUUGUCCUACAAUUAACAGAUGGUCAAGUAUGGCCAACCAGUGUUGAAAUACUCUAGAACAAUGUGCAGUGCAUACUGCAUACACAUUCAAAAUGUAACACCCAGAAACACUCUCUUUUUUAUGGUGGCCUUUUUGUUUGUCUGCAUAUCCACUUGGCCAAAGAUAAGAGCUACAUACAGUAUUAUCAUUUUGUUUUGUUUAGACUUAGAGCAGCUCACUAUAUGAAGUAACAACAGACACAGCACUCUACCAAGCAGUCCAGUAUUAUUACCAGUGUUCUGGGUAUUUAUAUUGAUAAUGAUUUGUUUAUGUAUAUUUCCACUGGCAGCUGUGUGUGACUCAAGUACAAGUACAAGUCACCCUGUAUUAGGCAUCAGCCACUGAUCACUUAGUGGCCACUAUAUUUAUGUUUUGAUUAUGGUUAGUUAAGGAGUUAUGAGUUGGAGUUAGUGGGAUAUGUGCAAGGGUUAACACUUAAAAUAGGAAACAUAAUUUUAGCUGUCCAGUAUUACUGAUUUCAGGAGAUAAUCUGGGCUUUAUGAGAUUACUUUUAGUGCUCUCUACAUUGCUAUCUACAGUGCAUUCGAAAAUUAUUAAACAUUAUGUUACGUUACAGCCAAUUAAAAUAAAAAAACAGAAAUACCUUAUUUUACAUAAGUAUUCAGACCCAGACUCGAAAUUGAGCUCAGGAAAAAUCCUCUUCUUGAGAUGUUUCUACAACUUGAUUGGAGUCCAUCUGUGGUAAAUUCAAUUGACUGGACAUGAUUUGGAAAGGCACACACCUGUCUAUAUAAGGUCCCACAGUUGACAGGGCAUUUCAGAGCAUAAACCGAGCCAUGAUGUCGAAGGAAUUGUCCGUAGAGCUCCGAGACAGGAUUGUGUCGAGGCACAGAUCUGGGGAAGGGUUCCAAAAAAUGUCUGCAGCAUUGAAGGUCCCCAAGAACACAGUGGCCUCCAUAAUUCUUAAAUUGAAGAAGUUUGGAUCCAUCAAGACUCUUCCUAGAGCUGGCCACCUGGUCAAACUGAGCAUUCGGGGGAGAAGGGCCUUGGUCAGGGAGGUGACCAAGAACCCGGUGGUCUCUCUGACAGAGUUCUAGAGUUCCUCUGUGGAGAUGAGAGAACCUUCCAGAUGGACAACCACCUCUGCAGCACUCCACCAAUCAGGCCUUUAUGGUAGAGUGACCAGACGGAGGCCACUCUUCAGUAAAAGGCACAUGACAGCCCGUUUGGAGUUUGCCAGAAGGCACCUAAAGGACUCUCAGACUAUGAGAAACAAAAUGCUCUGGUCUGAUGAAACCUAGAUUGAACUCUUUGGCCUGAAUGCCAAGCGUCACGUCUGGAGGAAACUUGGUACCAUCCCUACUGUGAAGCAUGGUGGUGGUAGCAUCAUGCUGUGGUGAUGUUUUUCAGCGUCAGGGACUGGGAGAUUAGUUAGGAUCGAGGGACGCAUGAACGGAGCAAAGUACAGAGAGAUCCUUCUUGAAAACCUGCUACAGAGCACUCAGGACCUCAGACUGGGGCGAAGGUUCACCUUCCAACAGGACAACGACCCUAAGUACAUAGCCAAGACAACGCAGGAGUGGCUUCGGGAUAAGUCUCUGAAUGUCCUUGAGUGGCCCAGCCAGAGCCCAGAUUUGAACCCGAUUGAACAUCUCUGGAGAGACCUGACAGAGCUUGAGAGGAUCUGCAGAGAAGAAUGGGACAAACUCCCCAAAUACAGGUGUGCCAAGCUUGUAGGGUCAUACCCAAGAAUAUUCGAGGCUGUAAUCGCUGCCAAAGGUGCUUCAACAAAGUACUGAGUAAAGGGUCUUACUACCUAUGUAAAUGUGAUAUUUAAAAUAAAAAAUAAAAUGUUUUAAUACAUUUUGAAAAAUGUCUAAAAACCUGUUUUUGCUUUGACAUUAUGGGGUAUUGUGUGUAGAUUGAUGGGGGGGGGGAAACGAUUUAAUCCAUUUUAGAAUAAGGCUGUAACGUAAAAAAAUGUGGAAUAAGUUAAGUGGUCUGAAUACUUUUGGAAUGUCCUGUACAUCUUCCUUCUUAUCCUGUAUGUGCCAAACAUUGUCUCUGUGUCUUCACAAGGGAAGAGAUUGGAGUGUCUUUAGUUACGGUGCCAAAUGGAAUACAUUUUCAUGUGUCUAUAAUAUCAUACUGCCUAAUGCUCAGAAACAGGACAAUUAUAAGAUAUACUACAGAUUAAUGCAGUCAGCUGUUUUUUGUUGUUGUUUUUUGGGGGUGGUAUUCAUGAGACUUUUGUGUUUGUUUCAAUUAUACAUUUUGAUAACAUUGGUUUGAAACAAAUAAUUUGAGUGACAUUUUGUGCAACAUAACAUGAGUGGCAGUGCUACAAGUGUGAUGUGUAUUUACUUUGUUCUAACUGGAGUGUAUAUUAAAGUGUUGCUACGGUAACAAUGUGGUCAUCAUCUCAAGCAGCAAUAUGGACUCCAUGCCUUUAUGUAUGUAUUCAUUGUUUUCCACUGGAACCUUGAGAAUGAGCUUUUGGAAAAUGUCCAUUAUUUAACUUCCAUGUUUGUUUAAUAAAGGGUUGUGCUGUGUUUGAAA